CAGAGACAAUGGCGACAGCAAUAUCUAUAAAAACAGCAAUGGACGGACGCUCAAUUGAUGCAUCCAAACAAGAAAAGAAAAAACCACCAUCUUCGCAGACAGUAGAAGGAAAUAAGUUCCUUUAAUUAAAGAAAAAAAAGUGUUCAAUCUACGCUAAAGCCGAAAACCACAUCAACAACCAGCCUGACAAAAAAUCAACAAAAAUGACCGAGUCAAAGCAGGAGCAAAUCGACAGGCGCCAGGCCAACCUGCCGCUGCCGGAACAGCCACCAGUGGCAUCGGACUGGCAGUCUGCCGACGCGAGAAACGUCAACGUCGGCUCGGGCAGGCUCGCAUCCGACAUCUCUACAGGUGAUGCAUCGUCCACGGGGCUGCGUGAACCCGCCACCGUCGGCGCGGGCGUUGACAUGAGCGGUAUUGGAAGGCAAGGGAAGGAAGGGCUGUCGGAGACGCCCAAGGAUGCGUCGAAAUAGGAUGUUGGAUGUAUGGGGUUCGAAUUUGUACAAUAUAAUCAGUCGCAAUCACAGCCAAUGACUUGCAUCACCUGAAGCUCGAGAACAAGACCUCGCAAGGCAAUGAAAACCAUGUGAUUAUGACUUACAGCUUUUUGCCCGCCCCUGCAAUGAAUCUCGAAUGGUUUCAAAAGCGCUG